ACGUCAGGUCUCUUCUGUGACCUGUGAAGUAAGUACCCAGACAAAAGACACUGAAGCGCAAGCAGCGCAACAGAGCUAUCGCACUCCUCCCAGAGAAAUGCGGGGCGCGUUUCACCCACCCCCAUGUCCCGCGUAGCCGCGGGCCCCGCCCCACAGGAGGCGGAGCCUAGCGCACCUUCCGGAUUGCAGGCGGAAGUAGACGAAUUUGAAUCUUGUGGACCGUUGGAUGGGGCUGCUCGCGGUCGGCUUUACGGCUCCCCGAAAGAAGGGAAAAGUGACACGACCGUUCUGGAACUUCUGCCCAGCGCGCCUUGUAAAAUGAAUGAAAAUAAGCCUGGUGCCUCACAAAAUCUCGCUUGUGUUUUUUGUCGAAAAAAUGAUGACUGUCCUAAUAAAUACGGAGAAAAGAAAACUAAUGAGAAAUGGAAUCUCACUGUACAUUAUUAUUGUUUGUUGAUGUCAAGUGGAAUUUGGCAGAGAGGUAAAGAAGAAGAAGGAGUUUACGGUUUUCUAAUAGAAGACAUCAGAAAAGAAGUGAACAGGGCUUCUAAACUGAAAUGCUGUAUUUGCAAGAAGACUGGUGCUUCAAUCGGCUGUGUUACACCCCGAUGUAAACGAAGUUAUCAUUUCCCAUGUGGACUUCAGAGAGAAUGUAUUUUCCAAUUUACUGGAAAUUUUGCGUCAUUCUGUUGGAAACAUCGACCUGUCCAAAUAAUUACAUCUAAUAAUUAUAGAGACUCCUUACCAUGUACCAUUUGUUUGGAAUAUCUUGAGCCUGUUCCGACUUAUAGCAUAUUACGAAGUCCUUGUUGUAAGAAUGCUUGGUUUCAUAGAGACUGUUUACAGGUUCAAGCAAUAAAUGCAGGAGUGUUUUUCUUUAGAUGCACAAUAUGCAAUAAUAGUGAUAUAUUUCAGAAAGAGAUGCUAAGAAUGGGAAUUCAUAUUCCUGAAAAAGAUGCAUCUUGGGAAUUAGAGGAAAAUGCUUAUCAAGAACUUCUGCAGCACUAUGAGCAUUGUGAUGUCCGAAGAUGUCGUUGCAAAGAAGGGAGAGACUAUAAUGCACCUGAUAGCAAAUGGGAAAUAAAGCGCUGUCAGUGUUGUGGUUCUAGCGGAACACAUUUAGCUUGUUCCUCAUUACGAUCAUGGGAACAAAAUUGGGAGUGUUUGGAAUGUAGAGGUAUUCUCUACAAUUCAGAGGAUUUCCAAAAAGCCAAAAAACAUACAUUACCCAACACUAAUAGUGUGGGAAUAACUGAUUGUUUGUUGGAAGAAUCAUCACCUAAAUUACCCAGACAGUCACCUGGAGCCCAGCAUAAAGAUCUCCUGAGGCAAGGCAAUAAAUUUAGAAAAGAAGUUUCAACAAUAAUGGUGGAAUUAGGUUUUCAAAUUAAAAAAAAAACUAAAAGAUUAUGGAUUAAUAAAGCCAAUGUCUGGAAUAGUGCCUUAGAUGGAUUCAGAAAUCAAAACUUUAAUCCUUCAUACACAAUUGAAGUAGCAUAUGUCGAUGAAAAUGAUAACUUUGGAAGAGAGCAUCCUGGAUCAAAGCAAGAAUUCCUAAGUCUCUUGAUGCAACAUCUUGAGAAUUCACCAAUAUUUGAAGGGUCCUUGUCAAAGAAUUUGUCUCUAAAUUCUCAAGCUCUGAAAGAGAAUCUUUACUAUGAAGCUGGCAAAAUCCUUGCAAUUUCUUUGGUCCAUGGUGGUCCUUCACCUGGUUUCUUUUCUAAAACCUUGUAUAACUGCCUUGUUUAUGGACCAGAAAAUACCCAACCAAUUUUAGAUGAUGUUUCAGACUUUGACGUGGCACAAAUUAUAAUCAGGGUAAAUACUGCAACAAAUGUGGCUGACUUAAACUCAGUAGUAAAUGAAUGCUAUAACUACCUAGAGCUUAUUGGAUGUUUAAGACUUAUAACUUCAUUAAGUGAUAAAUAUAUGUUGGCAAAGGACAUACUAGUUUAUCAUGUAAUUAAGAGAGUCCAAGCACCCUUUGAAAGUUUUAAGCAGGGUCUGAAAACUCUUGGUGUUUUGGAGAAAAUUCAGACUUACCCAGAAGCCUUUUAUAGCAUCUUCUGUCAUAAACCUGAGAAUCUUACUGCAGAAAUCCUUAGUGAUCUUUUUACAGUACGCACAUUAUCUGACGUACAGGCUUUGGGAUUUUGGAACAGUUAUCUACAGGCUGUUGAGGAUGGUAAAUCUGCAGUAACAAUGGAAGACAUUCUUAUUUUUGCAACCGGUUGCAGUUCCAUUCCACCUGCAGGAUUUAAACCCACUCCUUCAAUUGAGUGCCUUCAUAUGGAUUUUCCUGUUGGAAACAAGUCUAAUAACUGUUUAGCUCUUCCAAUCACCAAUACGUAUCAAGAAUUUCAAGAAAAUAUGGACUUUGCCAUAAGAAACACCCUAAGACUAGAAAAGGAAGGAAGUUCUCACUACAUUGGACAUUAAAAUGUUUUGAACAUAGAAAUGCUUCUUGAAAAGCUGCUAUUGAUACUUUUUGUUUCAGAAAUCUGUCCAUUAUUUGAACAAACUUGUCAGCUUCUUGGCCCAAUAAAAUUUAUAUGAACAUAAAGGAAUGUUUUGGCCACUUAAGCUAAAAAAUUUUUUGUUAACAUGUACCAGUCAAAAUCGAUGAUAUUUUUCUAUUUUCUUAAUAUAUGUGUGUCAUAAACUUUAAUAUAAAUAGUUUUAAAACAGCUGUACAGACCUUUUUCAAGUAUAAUAACCUGAUAUAUGGGAAAAAAACUUGUAUUCACUGCUUCUGCAAAUUAGGAUUAGCUAUAGGAUACCACAAUGAUUUUUCUAGUUUUAUAUAAUUUUCAAAUUAUUUUAUUUUAAAGCAUUAAAUAGAAAAGCAAAUUGAUAAAUCGUGUUAUAUAAAUCAAAGGCAUAUAUUCUGGAGUAUGUGUUAUUAAUAUUUUUCCUAGGAUGGCACGGAAUUGGUUGAAAAUGUUUUUAGAUUACUGAUUUAUAUUAAAACAGACCCACACUGCAAUUAGACUAUGCCUAAUGGGAAGUAUUAUGAAAAAGCAGAAUUGCACAAAUGUUUUAGAACCUAUGGACAUUCCAUAGUCUUAAGAACACUUCUGAGGUGGAUAAAAUAUAUUUGAAAAUAACUUAAAAAGUGUUUAAAGGCUUGGCUUUGAUCAUAGGAUUUUCUUUUUUUCUCUAUAUCCCAUGUGUGGUAUUAAAACCACAUUAUGUCUGAUUCAGAAUCAUUUGGGGUGUGUCAUUUAUCUUUGUGGAUUACCAUGACUCUUUGACAAUUAUUUAUUAUCAAGUUGUUUGUAUGAUAGGUAAGCUGGUACCACUGCGUUAUAUAUUACCUUCUUUGCUCUUGAAAGAGAUCUUUAUUAUAUAAGCAAUGGAAAAAUGUGUAAGAAAGAAGUACAAACAAUGAAAAACCCACACUAAUCUCACAGUGCAGAAUUAACUAGUAUGUUUCAUUUAUUCUUACUAUGAACUAUUUUCCUUUUCUUUUAAACUUUUGUUAUUGAAAGUCAAAGAAUACCUUAAAGUAACAAAAAAUCAUGUAAUAACAAUUUAAAAACACAUAGUCCCAUAGUUAUGUCCCCAUGUUUAGAUUCUUGCAAAAGAAGAAAGUGGAAAAGUUUUGUGUUCCUAAUCUAUUAUCAAACAUAAAUUCCUUUUCCACCAAAGUAAAUUUAAAUUGCAUGAGAGUUAAAUCAUUAUGAGAGGUUGGUUUUAACCACAUUUUUUUAAUAUACAAAAGCAGUUAUCAACUAUAAUCAUAUUCUCCUCCUUCCCAAGACAUCCUUAAAUUAUUGAUAUUUUCAAAGAACAACAACAGGAUUGAUUUUAUACUGGUGAUGGGACUCUUCAAUACCAAAGGAAAGCUAAAACAUAUUCCUAGUAUAAUUUUCCUUGUUACACUUAUUGACAGACCCAGCAAAUUAAAAAGUUUCAUUUUGACUUGAAGUUUUUAAGAACAUUAUAGAAGGCAUUUAUUUGUCUUAUAUUGUGUUAUUAUUGUUGUUGUUGUUGUUGUUGUUUAGAUUUUAUUUAUUUAUUAGACAGCGAGAGAGGGAAUACAAGGAGGGAGAGUGGGAGAGGAGAAGCAGGCGUCCCUCUGAGCAGGGAGCCCAAUGUGGGGCCUAAUUCCAGGACCCUGGGAUCAUGACCUAAGCCGAAGGCAGAUGCUUAACGACUGAGCCACCUGGGUGCCCCGUCUUAUAUUGAAUUGUUAGAUCAUCAAAAGUAAUUAAAGGAUUGUUUAAGAGUUUGAAUAUCUAAACUUCAAAUUUGCCAUAUAGCUUUUAUUCCAAAUGUUUUGAUAAAUUGGAUAUUUUUCAACCGUACCCAGUUUUUAUAAAAUUUAAAAAGCCAUUAAACAAAUAGAAACCAAAAAUCUAAUUAAAGCUAUUUUCUGUCAUUUGUAGUUUUAAUUUUUCCUACAGUGGUAAUUAAAAUUGAUGAACAUUCACACAGAUUUUGGGUGGGGUGGGGUGGUAGGGAAGUGAUGUGCUUGGGUUGACUAUAAUUAAAAACAGUAUUUCAGUUCCUCAUUUCACUAUUUUAUGUGUAGGGCCUUUGGGAUAUGGUGUGAUGUAAAUAAUUUCAUAUAUUCACAUUUCUAAAGUGAUGCAUACUCAUUGCAAAGCAUUUUCUAGGUUUAAGGAUGUUCCAUUAGUUUGUUUUAAGUUAGUCUAUAUAGUCAAGGCAUAGUAGAGAAUCCUAUAGGUUAUUUAUUUUUCUGCAGUGUUACUAUGUCACAUGGUUGAUAUUGUGAUGUUCUUUUUCUGUUCAUUGUUCUAGCCAGUACACAACUCUUGCUGACAUUGAUUUUUAAAAGUAAUUAUGCUAUAAACCCUUAUAAAUGUGUAUUUGUAUUUAACUAUU